AGUUUUCCUGUUGGCGAUGGAUUCCUCUCUCUCAAGACGACUAGGAUUUCUGCAUGACGCUGCUCAUUCCCUUUUCGCGACAUGCCCAUCACUCUCCCGCUUCUACCUUUCAAAAUUCCAAGACGUCUGUGCUGAUCAGAAGGUGCCCAUUGUAGAAAGAGUCUCCAAAAGGUUUUGUUCGAGGUGUGGGAGCUUAUUUGUACCGGGGCAAAACGUAAGGGUAAGGGUCACUGGAGAUGGCAAUGGAGAGAAACACAAGAAGAAGAAACGAAAGACGGGCAACCGCUCAUCGGCGCCAACUAGGCAGGAAACGUUGAGUCAUGCCUGCCAUGUCUCCCACCCGGGAAACCGGACGAGAAUUAUAAUCAAUCAUGUGAAGAAUUCAGAGUCAAUGAUGGGGCGAGUGACAUCGGGGGUGCUUCCUUUGCAGAUACCAGCGCCAAUUUCUGGGAAGAGAUUAAGACUUGUAGCGGAGAGUCACCAGUCAAAUGCGACCCUUAUGAAUCAAGUGGCAUAUCUCUGCGUUAUAUGCGGGGCAGAAACUCGCUUUCCAGGGACAUCUAUCGAGCAUGUGAGGCAGUUUGAUGCUGCAAAAAACAGCCUCAAUGCCGCUGUCAAAGUUCCAAUCCUACCCUCUGGAGCCAAAGCCACUCCUGCGUCAGAAUGUUCACAAGCAACGACAGGGAAUCUCUCCAAUGUCUUGGAAUCUUCCCCAUGUGGAGUCAAGAAGAAAAAGAAAGAAAAGCGCAAAAAUGACUUACGGACGCUCCUGGCAGCUAGUAAAAAGGAUGAUGCUCAGAGAACAGGAGACAGCCUAAAUUUGACCGAUUUUCUGUCGAGUUUGUAGCAUUUGGUAGAGCUAUACACUCUGUAUUCUAAACUAGUAGAUCGCAUUAUCAUAUCCUUCUAUUGAACUGCAGUAGUGGAAGUUUCAUGUUUCUACUUUAGGGGUACCGCCUACGUACUUGGUAUGGCU